AUUGAACUAGGUAAAAAAUUCUUCAAAGAUGGAAGGGCCAUUGAUUUGAAAGGUCUCAAGGACUGCAUGCGUAGAGGAUAUUCAUAUGUGGACGGAAUCGAGGAACUGCUACAAGCUCUGAAACAAAACAACUAUGAAUUGCAUGCCUUCACAAAUUAUCCUAUUUGGUACAAGAUGAUUGAAGAAAAGCUAGAACUUUCAAAAUAUUUAUCUUGGACAUUCUGUUCUUGUCUAAUAGGAAAGAGGAAGCCAGCACCUGAUUCAUACGCUGUAGUUGUGCAUCUCCUGAAUGUUGAGCCAGAAAGUUGUAUCUUCAUUGACGAUAGAGUGACAAAUGUGGAGGCAGCUGUGAAUGCUGGCAUGGUUGGCAUACAUUUUAAAAACGCUGAUUCUCUAAAGCAGGAUUUGUCUUCUCUAGGAGUUGUGCUUGAAGUUUUAAACAAUUGAUGGGUGAUUAUUUAGCGCUUUUUCUUCAUUAUGGUAGAAGUAUUUGUCAUUGUAAUUCUUGCAUUGUUCUAAAUACAUUUCAGGUUGUCUUCAGCAAUAAAUGUGAAAGAUUCCCGUAAAUUGUACCAACUUGUUUGUGUUUCGUUGGUUUUCGUAGAGUAAUUCUAAACUUUCCAAAUAAAUUCACCUUAAAUUUUUUUUCU